AGCCGCGGCGGGGCGCGGGGAGAGCAGCGGCGGGGCCCGGCCCGGCCCAGCCCGCGCUGCCCCCCGGCACGGCGCUGCCGGACACAGGGUCACCACAGAUAUGACUGACUGGCUGCUCUGCUCCUCCUGUGGCCCAGCUCUUGCUGCCCUCUGAUUCAGAUAACAAAGGUAAGAAACCAAAAGCAGCCAGCCUUUAUUGAGUUCUCAAGAAGAUAAUCGACCCCUUGGUACAUUAUCAAGAUGCAUUAGGAACUGGAUAUGGUGCCAAAAGAACUCCAUGCUUUUCCAUGACUCUCUUGGACCCUGACUCAGAUACUCUUGGAUAUAUAUUUCUGUUCUAAGGAGAAGAGUGCAUACUCCAGUUCCUUUCUGCCAGCUUGCUGGCAGAGAUAUUUCACUAAGAUCAUGGACCAUCCUAAUAGGGAAAAGGAUGAAAGGCAGCGGACGACGAAAGGAAUGCCGGGAAGGAGUGGGCAUGGUUCUCGACCAAGCUCAUCAGCAUCUUCUGGUGUUCUUAUGGUGGGACCCAAUUUCAGAGUGGGCAAGAAGAUUGGGUGUGGGAACUUUGGAGAACUCAGACUCGGUAAAAAUCUCUACACCAAUGAAUACGUAGCGAUCAAACUGGAACCAAUAAAAUCACGUGCACCACAGCUUCAUUUAGAAUACAGGUUUUAUAAACAACUUGGAAGUGCAGCUGAAGGGCUUCCCCAGGUGUAUUACUUCGGACCAUGUGGAAAGUACAAUGCCAUGGUACUAGAGCUGCUUGGUCCUAGCUUGGAAGAUUUAUUUGACCUCUGUGAUAGGACGUUCACUUUGAAGACAGUAUUAAUGAUUGCCAUCCAACUGAUAUCUCGAAUGGAGUAUGUACAUUCCAAGAACCUCAUCUACCGAGAUGUCAAGCCGGAAAACUUCCUUAUUGGCCGUCAAGGCAAUAAGAAAGAGCAUGUCAUUCACAUCAUAGACUUUGGACUGGCAAAGGAGUACAUUGACCCAGAAACCAAAAAACACAUACCUUACAGGGAACACAAGAGCCUGACUGGAACAGCAAGAUACAUGUCCAUCAACACUCAUCUUGGCAAAGAGCAAAGUCGUCGAGACGACUUGGAAGCCCUUGGCCAUAUGUUUAUGUAUUUCCUCCGAGGCAGUCUGCCCUGGCAAGGAUUGAAGGCUGACACCUUAAAAGAGAGGUAUCAGAAGAUUGGGGACACAAAGAGAAACACUCCAGUUGAAGUUCUCUGUGAGAACUUUCCAGAGGAGAUGGCCACGUACCUCCGGUACGUCCGGCGAUUGGACUUCUUUGAGAGACCCGACUAUGAUUAUUUACGAACCAUCUUCACAGAGCUGUUUGAAAAGAAAGGGUACACCUUUGACUACGCCUAUGACUGGGUUGGCAGGCCAAUCCCUACUCCAGUGGGAUCUGUUCACGUGGAUUCUGGGACAUCCGCAGUAACGAGAGAUAGCCACAUCCACAGGGAUCGACCAUCUCAGCAGGCCCUACGCAAUCAGGUGUCAUCAGAUCGCCGAGGAGAGUGGGAGAUCCAGCCGAGCCGGCAGACAAAUACCUCGUACUUGACAUCUCAUUUGGCCGCAGAUCGGCACGGGGGAUCAGUACAGGUGGUCAGCUCAACCAACGGGGAGCUGAACGUUGAUGACCCGACGGGGGCACACUCCAACGCACCCAUAACAGCACAGGCGGAGGUGGAGGUGGUGGAGGAAGCUAACUGCCUGAAAAUGCUCAACUUGUGGUGCUGCUGCUUCUUUAAGAGGAAACGGAAGAAGACGGCUCAGCGUCACAAGUGACCGGUGCCUCCUGGGCCUUGCAGGAACCACCACGCCUGCUGCUCUUGCCCUGUCUCACUGGAAGGGGCUUCUCUUUAGGGGGGAGGAUGAGGAAUAGGAGGAAGAGAGGGGAAAAAAAAAAAAAAAAAAAGAAAAAGAAAAAGUGACUUUUUAAACCAAAAAAAAAGAGAAGAAAAUAUUCCAAAACAAAUCACUCUGGGGUGGAUCUGCUGACUAGUCUCCAUCGUUCACUCCAAGCCUGAAGCUCCUUUUGGGACCAGGACUGUGGCUGGCUCAGGUCUUGGUCACCCUGGGAGGGGGGCUGGCUGGCUGACCCUCCUUCUCCAUGUUUACGGUGAAGGCAUUGUUCACGAAAACCUGAGGACUGUGCUUAGUUCCUGCUCACUUCCUGCCCAUCCCUCCCCUGCGCUCUCUUCUCCUCCAUCCUCCCUCCUUUGUUAAGCAAAGAAAUUCCAUGGGCUCAGCUAGCUGUCAAGAGGGCAGGAGGAUGCAGUGCAGGCAAGAGAGCUGGGUGGGAGAAGGGCCCGAGUGCUGCCGCAAUAAGAGACAGGUUCCCUUUUCAGCUCCUUGGGAACAGUUACACUGUAAAGUGCAAGCUGUGAGAAAUUUGCAAUCUACUGUUCCAGAUAGGGUUUUGGGUUUUUUUCUGGCUCCCUUGACAACUCCCUCCUCUUGAUGGUCACAGAGCAAUGUGGAUUGUUUUAAAGAA